AUGGGAAAAUCUGUUACGAUUGAUAAGUUUUUUCAAAGAAAGAGAGCAAAUGAACAUGAUCCAGCUACUCCUAUAACCCCAUUAAUAAGAUCAAAUAACAAUGAUCUUCCAUAUGAAAGAAAGAGAGCAAAUGAACAUGAUCCAGCUACUCCUAUAACCCCAUCAACAAGAUCAAAUAACAAUGAUCUUCCAUUUGAAAGAAAGAGAGCAAAUGAACAUGAUCCAGCUACUCCUAUAACCCCAUCAACAAGAUCAAAUAACAAUGAUCUUCCAUCUGAAAUCCCCCCUAAAAGAUUCAAACAUACAGAAAUAGAAGAGGUUGAUCUCCAUUCUUUAGAGCGAUGCUCAAAUCAAACUGCAUUUACUGUUGAUGGAUUUGAUAAUUGGAAGAAAGUUCGAAAUGGAAAAGCUUGUGCUUUCCUAGGCCAUAUAGGGAAAGAUAAUGUAUCUUCACCCCAUCGUAAUGCUGAAAAGAAUGUCAUAUAUUCUACUUUGGCUCACUAUAAUUUGGAUGUUCAAAAUAUUAGAGGUCAAGGUUAUGAUGGUGCUAGUAAUAUGAGGGAUGAGUUUAAUGGAUUGCAAGCUUUGAUUAUAAAAGAUUGUAGAGGUGCUUAUUAUGUUCGUUGCUUUGCUCAUCGGUUACAAUUGGCUUUAGUUGCAGCAUCAAAAAAUGUGACACCUAUUCAUCAAUUUUUUGAUAGAUUAACUUUUAUAGUUAAUAUUGUUGGUUCUUCAUGUAAGCGUAAUGAUGAAUUGAAGAAUGCUCAUGCGGAUGACAUUGCACAUUUGAUUGCAAUAAAUGAACUCGAGACAGGGCGUGGACUUAAUCAAAUAGAUACUUUACAACGAGCUGCUGAUACACGCUAG